AUGUCGGAACCAUCAUCGUCUACAGCGGCGUCCAAGCCACCUCACAGACUCGUAGUCAAGCCACUCGGUCAACAGCUUACCAUCACAACCACUAUCAACGGCCGCAAACGCACUCUUCUCGAUACCUCGGAUGCGCUUCAGCUGGCAGAGACCAACUAUCCUAUCCGCUUCUACUUUCCACGCGAUGCCCUACAAUUUUCUUUCUCACUCAAGCCUAGCGACAACAAGGAAACAUACUGCCCUUUCAAGGGCUUUGCCCAGUAUCACGACGUCGCGGAAGCCGGCACUCGUAUCGAACAGCUUAAAGGCGCCAUCUGGUCCUACUCCAAACCGUUCUCAUCCAGCGAUGCCGUCGGUGUCAAAGGUUACUACUGCUUGGCAGCUCCCAGCGAGCAGUUUCAGGUCAAACUUGAUGGCCGUGCCAUCACCGUCGACGAUGCUAGAAAUAUGAACGAAGAAGUCCUCGCAGCUUCGCCCUCGGAUGUCUCUUCGCCAUCGCUGCCUCGAAAUGUUGUGGAAGAGGGAGGCAGAUCUCGAAGCACAGCCCAGCCCACCGGCGCAACUCUCCAACCACCGGUCAUGAAGCGCUCCGUCAGCAGCAGCUCCAACGCUCCGCCUGAGUCAUUCCCAGUCUCGCGUCCGUUCGGAGGCGAGCUAGAAAUCGACUCGACUGAUCCCGUCAUUGCCGACUUCGUCUAUCGUCUAGACGAUGAGGCUCGAGACGGUGAUCACAAUCCUGCAGAAUCAAACAACGGCGACCCUCCUACCGGCGAGGGAGCACCGAACACGACCUCCGUAGACGACCACCUGCUGUGGUUCAAGGACCAGCCUUGGUACCGUAGGCCCUCGGAGAAAUGGCUUCGUCCCUUCGCAUUGCUCAUCGCCAUGGCAGGUGGGAUGUGCAUGGGCCCCAAACUCGAGCUGCUCAACAUGUUUGUCUGCGAACAGGUGCUCGGAGACGCCUAUGUCGGCGGAGGCGAUGUGAUCGCGCCUCAUCUACCCGCAAAUGCCUCGCUAGCAGAUGUCACAGACCAUGGCACAUCCUCACUCGACCGCAUCCAAGUCAGCAGCUUCCAGCCUUGGAUCAACACUGGUGCAAGCCGAGACUCGGACCAUGACGCUGUGACAGCGUACUUUGCAGCGCUCGAUCAGCCUAACUCCACUGUUAUUCCAGUGCCGCGGCGUCCCAGCAAAGCGUGCUUCGCUAGUCCUGAAGUUCAGUCCUCGCUAGCAACUUUGCAGCUCCGUAUGACCCUUUCCAUGGGCAUCCUCGCUGCCCUCACAACCGGUUUCUGGUCCAACCUGUCCUCUCGACGAGGCCGCUUGCCCGUGCUGCGUAUCGCCAUGUGCGGCAUUGUCUUCACCGACUUCGUCAUGCUCACUGCUGCGCUUGUUCCUCGUUCUAAGCUCCCCUUCGGCUACAGCUUCUUGGUAGUCGGUAGUACUGUCGAGGGGCUACUCGGAGGCUACAGCGCUGCGAUUGCCGUUCAUCAGUCCUACAUCUCCGAUGUCACACCGAGCGGCACACGUGCCCACAUCUUUGCGCACUACAUGGGUCUCGUCUACGCUGGCCUCGCGCUGGGUCCCACUCUGGGAGGCCUCAUCGUCAAGCACACCGGCAAUCUGUUGGCGCCAUUCUGGUUUGCUCUCGCCAUGCACUUGAUCUACAUGCUCGGCGUCUUCACCUUCAUCCCCGAAAGUACCAACGAGGAGUUCCGCGCCAAGGCACUGCGAGAGUACAAGGAGUCUCGCGCGGAGAUCAAGCGCAAAGCAAACGAGCGCAAGACGGCCGAGAUGCAGCCGCUUCUGGGCUCGAACGGAUCCAAUGUCGAGCAGGGCCCAUUCAAGAAGCGUGCUUGGAAGCGCGUAAAGGUCCUUUUUAUGGACAGCGUCCUUUAUGCGCCUUUGGAGCCACUCAGCUUCCUGCUUCCUAAGAAGGUUGUCGUCGAUGAUCAUGAGGACGAAGUUCCGCCUCGAGGCGAUUCUUCUGGCACAAGCACGCCACGCAACAAUGCCCUCGCCCGUCCAGAAGCAUCGGCUUCCCACAUCUCGGUAUCUCGAGUGCCGCCCAAGACACGCUACGACUACAACCUUUCGUUCCUCUCGCUCACCUACUUUACCGAGACCGCCAUCUACGGCAUCAUGUCGUUCAAGAUGCAGUACGCCCAGGAACAAUUCAUAUGGGGCUCGGCAGAGCUCGGCAUGUAUCUCACCUUCCUCAGCAUCACCCGCGUCCUUGCUCUCACCGCCGUGCUACCUGUCGUCAUCAAGCUUCUUCAUCGGCCGGUUAAGGCUCUGCGUCUGCCGCAAGACGGUCCACCUGUCGAAGAGGAGCAAACAAUCGCCCCUGAUUUUCGAAGACACUCGACGCUCGAUGACGAGGGCAGGCCUCACCGCAGAAUGAGCUCGUACGGUGCCACCGCCCAGUCACCUGCUCUCAACCCAGAGGAGUACUCAGACGAAGAAGAAGAGCACGGCGAGUGGGAUGACACCAAGAAGUCCGUCGAAGAACUCUGGACGCUGCGCGCAAAACACCUACGCCUCAUACACGACAGCAAGUUCGAUCUCAAGCUCGCCAAGAUUUCGGUCGUUGUCAACACCAUCUCGUACGGCAUGCUCAUCUUCUCCAACACGCCGCAGCUGUUCUAUCUCGCCACGGCUGUCACAUCGUUGGGGGGCGGUGGUGGUGCUGCCAUGUCGUCGUUGGCGCUGGCAUUGCUCAAAUCACCUGCCGAUGCCGGAAAGCUGUUCGGUGCGUGGAGCAUCACCUCUGCUAUCUCGGGGACGGUUGUUGGGCCGAUCUUGUUCGCCAACGUCUUCAAGCACACGACCAAGACGUUCCCGCCGGCCAUCUUCGUGGUGGGCACCGGGCUGUUUGUGAUUGCGUUCCUGCUGCUGUGCGGGGUCAAGGUGCGCAAACCGAUCAGCUUGCCUGCUCUGCCUGCGAGGCCGCAUCCUGCACCUGGGGCGGACGAAAGGCCAGAGGUGGAUGCGUCAACGGUCAAGUCAGCGUUUCGCAGCUCGACCUUCAAGGAUGCUCUCACGCUCAAGACGGCAAAGAACGGGAAGUCUUCGACGAGCCGACCGGGUCUGCCGGCGUUCGACUAG